UAUGGAGCUCAAAAAAAAUUUCCAACCCAGCAACACUUGGCCAUGAAAGCUUCAGCAGACUGCGCAGAUGGGAAUUACAUCUGCAGCAAUGGCCAGUGCCUGACCAAGAUCAACCCAGAGUGUGACAAAGUAAAUGACUGCUUGGACCAGUCAGAUGAGAUGGAAUGCAGCUGUGGUACACCCCUGAUGUCCAAUAGAAUUGUGGGGGGCACAGAAGCUGCUGUGGGUGAGUGGCCCUGGCAAGUCAGCCUACGUUUAAUUGACAUUGGCCAUGAGUGUGGAGCCACGGUUGUGGCAGAAACCUGGCUGAUAACAGCAGCUCAUUGUUUUGCAAGCUUUCCAGAUCCAAUGACCUGGGAGGCAGAUCUGGGAACCAUCUAUAGAGAUGAUCAACGUUCUACAACAGUGAGAAGGAGAAUUAAGAGGAUCAUUGUUCAUCCCUUAUUUAACAUAGCUUUACUUGAUUAUGAUGUGGCUCUGGUGGAGUUAUCUAGCCCUGUUUCAUUCUCCAAAUUUAUCCAGCCUGUGUGCCUGCCAUCUCCUGCACAUAUCUUCCAUACAGGAAAGAACUGCAGUGUUACAGGAUGGGGAGCCCUGACUGAGCAUAAUGCUUCUUUACCCAUCAUUCUCCAGAAAGCCCAUGUUCCAAUAUUCAAUCUGAGCAAAUGUGCCAAACUCUACAGCGACCCCAUCACUCCACAAAUGAUUUGUGCCGGAUUCGCAGCUGGUGAAGUAGAUUCAUGUCAGGGUGAUUCUGGUGGUCCCUUGGUUUGUGAGGAGUCAUCAGGCAAAUGGUUCCUGGCUGGCAUUGUGAGCUGGGGAGAAGGUUGUGCCCGACCAGACAAACCUGGCAUCUACACAAGAGUGACUGCGAUCCAGGACUGGGUCCUGCACACAAUGAUGCUGUCCGAUGUAAUUAUUUCUCCCACUGAGACUGAAAGAGAACAGACCACUUCAAUAAAAAGUACCACCACAUACUUCAAUUUACCAGUAGAGGUUCACUGUACAGACUCUACUUUCAAGUGUUCUGACAACAGCUGCAUCUCUAAACACAAUGCAGAGUGUGAUGGUGUCACAGAUUGUGCUACAGGCUCUGAUGAGUUAAACUGCAAUUGUGGAGCUACAGCUCUAACGGUCGAUACGAAGAUUGUGGGUGGAGUAAGCAGCAAAUCUGGAGAGUUUCCCUGGCAAGUCAGUCUACAUAUGACGUGGAAAGAGCACAUGUGUGGAGGAACUCUGAUCUCUUCCCGCUGGGUGGUCACUGCUGCCCAUUGCUUUUUAAUUGAAAAGGAUCCAAGUCAUUGGCGUGGUUACGCGGGAACAGUGUACCGCACAGGAUUAAGAGGCACCAAAGUGACCUUCAAACGCAUCAUCAUUCACUCUUACUUCAGUGCCUUCACCCUGGAUUAUGAUAUUGCCCUCCUGGAACUGUCUACACCUGUUACCCUCACCGAUACCAUUCAGCCUGCCUGUCUACCUUCAUCCUCCCACAGAUUUUCAGAUGGAAUGAAGUGUUUUAUUACAGGCUGGGGCACUACAGAAGAAGGAGGUUAUUUGUCCUACAUGCUGCAGAAAGCCAUGGUAGGAGUGAUCAGUGAUUCCUUGUGUAGGAAGCUAUAUGGUAGCCAGAUUUCUCCCAGAAUGGUCUGCGCUGGGAAAGUGACUGGAGGAGUGGACUCGUGCCAGGGAGAUUCUGGUGGCCCAUUGGUUUGCAGGGAAUCUUCAGGAAAGUGGUUCCUUUUUGGAAUUACAAGUUGGGGAGAUGGCUGUGCAAGGGCAAAUGCACCCGGAGUCUACACCAGAAUCACAGCCCUUCGCAACUUCAUUGCACACUAUGUUUUCUGAAAGCUGAAAGGAUCUGCCAUUAUUUCUGAUUCAUCAGAUGCAUUGAAUUUUGAUGCUAAACAUGUGUAUGCCACUGGGGCUGUGGGACUUGAUCAAUUCUCCUGAUUUUCGACAACCAGUGAUCAGCCCUUUCAGCCUUCAAUUUCUACAAUUGUUUUACUUGCGAAUGAGUAUAUGAUUUUAUAUUAAUAUAAUGUACAUGAAGGUGAUCUAUUGAUGUUCUUUAAACUGAUCCGAGUUUAUGAUUCUAACAGACCAAAUGAGAUAAUAGGUAUCAUAUUUUAUGUUAUCAACUAGUGCGUAAUGAUCCCAGAGAUGGCCUUUGUCAGUUUCAGACCUAAAGUAUCUGCCGAUGUUUGUGGGUGAAUAGGUCCGAGUGCAGAUGGUAGAAUACAGGGGUAAUCUGUAUUUAUUCUCUGCAUAGCACCAACAUUAAAAUCUCCUUGAGACAGCUCUUCUGUAGUGUCGGGGUGGAAUGGAAAAUAUGUAAUAGUUCACUCCCAAAAACUAGAGUUUUGAUUUGUUGUUAUUAUUGAAUGAAUAUUUAAUGUGUUGUGAUCAAGUCAUUAACUUUUAAGAACCAGAGAGGAGUUUGUGCACAGAAC